AUGGAGAAGCGCGGCCGAGGCGGGAGGCCCGGCGUCAGCCCGGCCCCUCAGCAGCCGCCCUUGGAGCCGAGGAGGGAUCGCAGGCUUAGCAUGUUCGAGAAGGAUGCAUAUACACAGAUUUUAAGAGAAAGACUGAGAGAGUCAAUCCAUGAUGUUCAGUAUGUAGAGCCUCCAUUUGAUGACUCAAUUGCUGAUAUAGGUAAAGAAUGGAAGAGUGCCCUGGCAAAAUUAAAGUUUGCUAAUUCAUAUAGAAUGGAGCCAUUAAAGAAAUUCCAAACUCAUCCAGUAGAAACUAAAGUCCAGCAGAUAUUAACGGAAAGUCUUAAAGAUGUCAAAUAUGAUGAUAAAAUCUUCUCUCGUUUGUCACUUGAGUUGGCAGACCACAUAUUGUUAGCAGUCAAAGAAUUUGGGUACCACCGUUAUAAGUUCAUUAUAAAAGUAUUACUUAUUCAAAAGACCGGUCAAGCAAUAAAUGUUGCCAGCAGAGGAAUCUGGGAUGUCACAUGGGACAACUGGAUCUCAGCUAAACAUGAAGCUGAAUCCUACGUGGCACUGAUCUUGGUGUUUGCUCUCUAUUGUGAAUAGCUCAUUACAGGUACUAAAGAGUUCCAACUCUUCAAAAAUAAAUAAAAUGUAUAUGUUUGUGAA